CCCCAGAACGAUCCCCCUCCCCCUUACUACACAUUGUCAGUCCACACUCAGCCUCCUCUCAGGACCUAUGAGGAGGUCGUCUACGGCAACGGGCCCGGGGUACCCCAGUACAACCAGCCGCACUACAUCCCCCAGCAUCCCCCUAUGAUCACCACAGCUGUGACUCAACAUCGCAUCCGUGAGUUCUUCCUUCUUUUUGUCUCUUUAUGUGUCUUUCUCUUACCCACUUUUCUGCUAUCGCUUUACAUUCAAAUAUUUAUAUAUGGUGAUACGCCCCCCAAGGGUAAAGAGAAGCAGUGCUGCGGCAGGAGUGCACAGUGUUGCAGCGGCUCUGGGGGGGCCGUGUUCCUGCUGGCCCUGCUCGCCGUGGCCAUCUGGCUGGGGGUGCACUUUGGCACGCGGCUGGCGACCAUAGCCAUCCUCGAGGACCAGGAUGUCAGUAAGGGCAACUCGGAGCCCCCAGAGAGCAUGGCCACGCCCGACACCUGCUCUAACGUCACCGUCCUGUGUGACGCACGCCGCGACUGCAAGCAGGGCAGCGACGAGACCAACUGUGUGCGGUUUGCGUUAGAUGGCAGUUUGCGUGUGAGGACGGCUCAGGAUGGCCGCUUCCUCCCGGUCUGCUACCAGGGCUGGGACAGGAGCUUCGCUGACCAGACGUGUGCCCAGCUGGGUUUCAGACGGUCCUACCAGCUCAGUGCACAGGCUGGACAGCAGUCCAUUGCGGUAUCUCUGACCGGCAAAGACGCCUCACGUCCCCUUCACGGCCUGGUCAACGUCAGCGCUACCUGCCCAGAUGAGAAGGUAGUUUCCCUCCAGUGUGUGAAUUGUGGUCGGCAGCAGUCUGCCUCCAGGAUUAUAGGGGGCAGUGUUGCCAAAGUGGGCCAGUGGCCGUGGCAGGUCAGCCUUCACCUCCUGGGAUCCCACGUGUGCGGAGGAACUCUGAUCUCUCCAGACUUUGUGGUGACAGCGGCCCACUGCUUCCCCAGUUCUAACCCAUCCUACAAGGAGGCCAAGAACUGGCGUGUGUACGGAGGGGCCGUGUCCCAGACAAAGCUCCCUACCCCCUUCACGGUGAAGAAGAUCAUUCUGCACGAAAGCUACAGCCAGCAAACUAACGACUACGACAUCGCCCUGCUGAAACUGUCAGCACCUGUGGAGUUCAACAGUGCUGUCCAGCCAGCCUGUCUGCCUGCCUUUGAUCAGUCCUUCAGUCAUGGAGACCAAUGCUGGACCUCAGGCUUCGGAACUACAGAAGAGGGGGCAGAGAGUAGUUCCCCUGACCUGAUGGAGGUGGUGGUGGACAUCAUCGACCCACGCGUCUGCAACAGCAGCAAGGUGUACAGGGGCAGGAUCAGCAGGAACAUGGUCUGUGCCGGAGACCUGGAUGGAGGAAGAGACUCAUGUCAGGGGGACAGUGGAGGACCACUGGUCUGCAAGGACAGUGACCAGCGCUGGUAUGUGGUGGGAGUGACCAGCUGGGGUGCGGGCUGUGGCAGGAGGAACAAGCCAGGGGUCUACAGCAGCGUGUCCAGCAUGCUUCCCUGGAUCUACAGCAAGAUGCAGCAAGAGAAACCCUAAGCCCUUCCCCAGCACGGACACCUCCAUUGACCUAUGACCCUCUCGAACUAGAGGGGAGACUGUUGAUGGACAGACGCCGAGACAAGUGCAAGUCACUAAGGGAACACCAAUCAGAGACAUUAAUGCACUUUAAGAUGAGCUGCCCUCACUUUCAUGCCCUUUCCCUCUCCCACUUUCCCGCCUAGACAAAUCUACACUUCUAUGUCGCGCUACAUCACACAAAUGCCAUUCUGAUGAAGGAUAUACAGUGGGGAGCGAUGUGUAUCUCAUUUGCCAGAUUUGAAUUAUUUGUAUUGCCUUGGGUUAUAGGAAGCCUCUCUUAGACUCCCUCAGCCUAGUGCUGCUAGACUCCAUCUUAUCUCCAUUAUUAGUCUGGAAACUUCCUGUUGAGAAGAGCUCAGCCUGCUGGAUUGCUGCCGUGCCAAUCCGCAAGAUACGAUUGGGAACGGUUGAUCCAAUCCCUGACAGUAACCUUUUAAACGCUGCUCAUAUUCAACUCCCUCAACUGCAAUGAUCCCCUUAUAAAGGAUGGCCAGACCACAAUGAUGAGAUGGAAAUUUGAGGUUUUGAAAAAGCGCCGCUCACCUAAAAAGCCUUCCUCUCGAUGCAAAUCAGGCUUUUGUCCCUCAUGAUAGACAUUUUUUUUUUUUUUGCCUGUUUAUUUUCACUGGACCAGGUGACGGUGGCGGUCCUGUGCGGAUCCACAUCUCGUCAGGGACAGCUGCUCCCUGACUGCUAAGACUGUCAGAUCAAAGUUGGCCCAGGAUAUAUAAUAAUAAUAAUAAUCAUCAUCAUCAUCAUAAUACAUCACAUUUAUGUAGCGCUUUUCAAAAUUCUCAAAGACGUCAAACAUCUUUUGUCACACACAUAAAUCUGCCAUUUGUAAAGUACUGUGCACCACGCCUGACUGGGUUUGUGUCCCGCACCACCAGUGCACUUACUCUGAGUGAGUGUGUGGUCAAUGAAGGAUGCAGACAUACAGUUAAAGGGUUAGCUUGUAAUCUUCCAGUGCUCAAAGCUAUUGUCUGCAAAGCAAUCAGUUUAUUUUUAUCUUCAGGCCAGUGAAGUAACUGCAUGGGAGUGGGGGAUAUUUGUCAAGGUUUUUUAUUUUGUGUUUGUAUGUACGGUAUAAAUGAAGGAUCCGUGCAAUUUGAAUUAUAAUUACCAAUGAU